UUCUGGCCCUGGUCAAUGCCGCUUUGUCCAGGCGCUCGGUACGUGGGUGCGAAUGUAGUUUCCUUAACCGUGUUGCUCAGCACUGAGGACACAAUCGGUGACCUGAAAAAACUCAUUGCAGCUCAGACUGGGACCCGCUGGGACAAAAUUGUGCUGAAGAAAUGGUACACAAUCUUCAAGGACCAUGUAUCACUGGGAGACUAUGAAAUCCAUGAUGGCAUGAACCUGGAGUUAUAUUAUCAGUAGCCUUGACUCUAGCUGCAGUUGCACAUGGCAGGCAUCACUUUUCUAUUUUUUUUCUAAUAUAAAACUUGUCUAUAAACUUUAUUUCAUGUAAGGUAAAAAUUAAAAGCUCAAGUUGUGCAUGUAGUUUUAUCAGAUGUCUUUAGCUUUGAUGGCAAUAAAACUAGCUGCAAAUUUGUAAGAAGGUAGAUUUUGUUUUAAAAAAUUGUUUGUAAUAAAGGUCUCCUGACAACUUCA